GAACCGCCUACAAUACUGAUCACAAGCCCAUCGAUCCCUAACGACUCGCCGACCUUAUCGACCGUCUGCGACGCAUCCAUUUGUGCGCGUCUCGUACACCGCUGCCGGUUCGACUCAUAUAUAUGAGCGACCACCGUCCAGUAGUGAGAGAUGAAGAUCUGGAAGGCAAUCACCUCUUGUUUGGCGCGGGUUCGUUCUCGCUCUCAAUGGAUGCUUCGCCCUUGUCGAGAGAUGCUUCGCCCUUGUCGAGACGGGCCUUUCGGCGUCACCACCUCUGUUCCUCAAUUGGAAAGCGAAGGCCAACUUAGUCCUUGUUACAGCGGCUCAGCCCGUCCGACUGAGGCCAACCGUGAUGCCCUUCGACCCAGCAUCAAGGGAAGAUUCCCCCUCGAUGACGUUCCCCAGUUGAACGAACGCGAUCAGGAGGGCAUUUGCGUUGUCUCAAAUUCACACAGAGCAUUAGAAAUAUCUCAAUCUGAUCUCACUUGCCCGCGACAUCCGAAAGAUACCAACAAUGAUAGCCCAGAAGUCGAUGACGAAAGACCCGACAGCAGCGAUCUUCUUGAUUCCCACUCGAGCUAUGGCAAUCCGAUUCGAACUUGGCUCAGCGAAGGACUCCUUCCGUAUCACUGCGAUGCUCCCGCCAUUGCUCUCUCCACCAACUCGAUUGCCUCUCCGUCCUCUAUGGGGGAGGGGUCUUCCAUCCAUACCAGCCCUCCUGCGCCAACAUAUCGACAAAUUUCAGCUGCUGAAACUUUCCAAGUUCACAAGGGGGCGGGUUUAAUCGUCACCAUCGACGAUUCCUACUGUUUAAUUCGUUUAAUGCAGCUCCUAGCGUCUAUCCCGGCCACACAAAACGCUCAUCAAAGUUCUUUCCCUUGUGUGGCAUUCAGUCAAGCCCCUUUGCCUCCGUUCCAGGGACAGUUUCUUGCACCCUUCAUUUACCCUUGUGACAGGAUUGAAGAAUGUCAUGAACAGUGGCUGGUGGUUGUUGAAUCAGUCCUGGGGAAGGCUCCUGUCGGGUGCGCGUUCUUGUUAGAAUUUGACCACCAAUCUCUAACCGUUUCGAAUAGACAUUCACUGGCGUAUCCCAUCAUCCCCAACACUUGCUACAUCAUCCACCUCCCCAGCUACCCUUCGAGCAAUCGCCCUGAAGAACGCUCAAUCGUCGUCCGUCUCGUGAAUAUCCUGGACCACACCAACUCUUUCACGCAUCUUGGAGUCGAGUACUUCGUUCUGGACGAUGAUGAGGACGUCACCAUCACCCUGAAGCCUAUCUUCGACGCUCAAGCCGGCGAUCAUGUCGCCUGGGAGAUUCAGGGUCAACGGUGGCUCGUCCUCGUCAUCGAUCCCAACCUGGCCUUUGGCUCGAGGGGCUCGCUGGCUCCGCGCCUCUCUUCCUGGACAUCUCAACACCGCUCGACUGGUGAUGACGACACCACCUUAUCCUCGCCCUCUGACUAUCAGUCGUUCGAGGUGGACAACGAAGCGACACGGGAUGUGGACGCAAGCGACGAUAUCGUGGUGUACCCUCGCCACCUCACAACCACCAGUGCACCGUACAGUGAUGGUCGCAUUGACCCUCCCCCUCCGCCCGGCCCUGACCAGAUCUCUUUGCCUUCAGUAUCGACUGACGUCGCUACCCAACCGUCAUCCCCUGCCCUAGCCGCCUCUUCUGAUCAUCAACCAAGGACCACCUGCGCGAACGCAUUGGGUCUCACCUUCCGGCCAGACCGAUCUCGCACACGCGGAGCACCUUCCUGGCUCGACUUUGACGAAGACACCCUCAAAUCCCUUCUCCGUUCAACCAGUGCGUCGACAUGUCCAUCAAAUGGGCGAGGAGCAAUGCUCGGUCCCAUGACGAUUCGAGGUUCGAGGCAAUACAAGAUCGAAUCAUUUGAUCUUGGGUCAGGAUGUGUUCCUGCCCUGUUCAGAGGAUACGGACCUGUUGGAAGUAGAGGUCUCCCAUUCUUCCAGUUGGGGAUGGGACUUAGCCAGUCGAGGACCAGCCGUGCGCUUUUCGGACUCCAACCCGCGCCUCAGCACGCCGCUCGGUAUCGUCGCUCUUGGGCGCGUUGGGAUGAUGAUGCUUGCGAUAAACUCGACUGGGAGCACCAUCUGGGUUAUCGUCUGAUGGAGGACAUAACAGAGUUGGCUGAGGGUGAUGAACCACCCGGUGCUGCUGAGGAACGAGGAGUUGAAUUCCCCUCGAUAACAACGCCCGUGGCUUCAAGCAUCUCCAAUCCCAAUCUUACCCCUUCGCCCCUUGCACUGUCCCUCUCGCUCAGCGGCCUUGACCUGGGGUAG